AAGUGAACUUCAGAGGUCGACCAACCGUUUUUUAUACAUUUUUACAACACAGUGUUCAUUCUGCUUCUACAUAGGAGUACAAUCUUCUGCUUUGCUUAGAAAGUGUUCUUUGUUUCCUUUUCUUCGAAAUAUUGUUUAUUGCUUGAAAUUGAUAAAAUAAGUGAAUACUGCAAGCACAGUAGCUAAACUGCUUCAAUUUCAUCAUGGGAGAAAAUCAGAUAAUAGUUCGUAACUGGUGUUCCACAAUGCCACUUGAUUCUGAAGAAGACUGCGAAAAUUUCAAUUAUUUGUGGAUAAUUCGUCGCUAUGAAGAGAGCUUCGACGCUACUAAUUCAAAAAUAUCAUCGCCUGAAUUCUCCACUCCCUCAAAUGAGAGACACAAAUGGUCUAUGUCACUUCAUCCCCGCAGCCACUACGAUAUCUAUAAACUCGACUUUCUCCAAUUGUCACUUAAGUUCACCUGUGUCGAAGCAGAUGUUGAAGUAUUAGCGCGAUUCAAGUUUUCAAUCUUGGAUUCUGAGCGAAAAAUUGUCCAUGGCAGACGAAGCGCAUUCCGCAAAUGGAAACCGGGUAAACAAUGGUUUAUAAAUAGCUUCAUUGAAAGAGAUGCCUUACUGGAAAGAAAAGAAAGUCUGUUACCAGAUGAUAAAUUAUCCAUCCUGUGUGAAAUCACGGUGCGUCUUCCAUCAUCUUCACAACAUGAAGUAUCUAAUCAGCCUAGGUUUGAUAUCAUGCCAAUCGAAACCCCAUCAUGUACCUUAUCCGAUGAUUUAUCCCAACUAUUAGAAGAUCAAGAAUUUUGUGACGUCACAUUGUCUGUAAACGGCCAACAAUUCAAAGCUCAUAAGAAUAUUCUCUCAGCACGGUGUUCUGUAUUCAAGGCUAUGUUCAAACAUCGCAUGCAAGAGGCAAAUAGUAAUCGAGUAGAAAUAACCGAUGUUAAACCUGACGUAUUUCGUGAAUUAUUACAUUACAUUUACACUGGAAACGUGAAAAAUACGGAGACGGCGACAUUCAUGGAUUUACUCGUCGCGGCCGCCGAUAAAUAUGAUUUGCAAAACCUCAAGUUUUUAUGCGAAGAUGCAUUAUGCAAACGUUUAUCGCAUGACAAUGCUGCAAAUAUUUUGAUCAUAGCUGAUUCGCAUCAAUCGGAAAAAUUGAAAGCUGCGGCAAUUUCUUUCAUUAAAUCGAACGCCUUCGCUGUGAUGAGCACUGAUGGAUGGAAAGACGUGCUCUAUCACUAUCCAAAUUUGGUUUGCGAAGUCAAAAAUGGAAAUGUGAAAUCAAAAUUAAAAACGAAAGAGAAGACUAAAUGAAACUGUACUUUCAACAAGAAGACGAAAAUAUAAAAAAAAUAAAUUCAAGCUGAAAUCCUUAUAAUUAUUUAAAUAUCCCUAUCGUUAUUUCUUUUUCACGAUUUUUCUAUUUUUGAAACAUGUUUAUUAUAGUAUGUACUUACGUACCUACGACUAUCACUGUUAUUUCAAUCACUUUGCAUAGUUUAUUGCAUUUUUUUCGAGUUAUUUGUAAAGUCGAUACUGUUAUUAAUAAUUAGGUACCCAAUAAAAAUUCUAG